CGGGAGGAGGGAUGUAGCGGCGCCGACAGCGGCUGCGGCGCUGCCGUCUGCCCGCGCCCGCAGCGAGCCGGCUGCGCCAUGGAGGUACAAGAUGCUGGGCAAGAGAUGGUGGCUUCUCCUGUCACACCAGGAACAGGCAAAUCAAAGCUGGACACAUUGCCCAAAGAAGAUCUCAUCAAGUUUGCAAAAAAACAAAUGAUGCUUAUACAGAAAGUGAAGUCACGGUGUACAGAACUAGAGAAAGAAAUUGAAGAACUCAGAUCAAAAGCAGCUACUGGAGCAGCUGAUGAUGUUAUUCAGGCUCUCACAGAAAAACUGGAUGUUCUACUUCUGGAAAAAGCUGAAAGUCAACAACAGUGUGUAGCUUUGAAAAAAGAAAAUAUUCUAAGAAAACAAGAGCUAGAGGCUGCAGUGGCUAAGGCAGAAGAAUUGCAGAAGGAACUGGAACAGUCAAGUAUUGACUCUGUGAAUGAAAUUAAAGCUCUGAAGAGUGAAUUAGUAAAUGCACAAUCCAAAUACAGUGAGGGUUUAACAAAGCUGCUGAAAGAAUUAGAAGAAGAAAGGAAGAAACAAAGGGAACUUGUAGAACAAAUUGAAUGUCAUAGUAAUAAUCAAGAAGAAGUUAAAAAACUACAGGAUGAUGUUCAGAGAAUUAGAUCUGCUUAUGAAGAGCAAAUUUUGUGUCUGAACAAGCAGUUGGAAACUAUGAAUGAUGGCAAAAACAAAGAAUUGGCAAAUCUGCAAGAAACUAUUAGAAGGAAUUCUCAGUGUUACCAUAAUGAAAUCAGUAACUUGCAUGAAGAGCUUAAAAAAAUGAAGAGUGUCCAUCAGGAAGAGGUUUCAGAGUUGAUGCAUCAGAUUGAAAUGUCCUCUAAAGAAAAUGAAGAAAAGCAGAACCAGAUAAAUCAAUUGCAGAGGAAUUUGGCAGAGCAGGGUAUAAUAAAGGAGGAAAAUAUGAAGGAUGAAGUAUAUGCUGGUACUGACCAGCGUGAAUGUGACUUAGAGCAGUUAAGAGAAGUCCUACACAAAAAUACAGAAAAACAGGUAGAUGUUGUAGAUGCCCAAGAAGAACCUUCUGUAGAAGCAAAAAUGGAAGAAAAGGUUAGAUACCUAGAGCAUAGUUUAGAAGAGCUCCAGUCUCAACAAAGUAUAUUAAAAGAUGAGCUAACCUAUAUGAAUAAUGUUAAACUAAAACUGGAAGAAGAAAUCCAUCGCAUAAAGGACGAAUAUUUUCAUGAGCGGGAAGACUUGGAUUUUAAGAUAAAUGAAUUGCAGCUUACUAAAGAAGAUUACUGUUGUGUAAUUGAAAAACUAAGAUCAGAGCUUCAAGCAGCAGGACACCAACAUGAAAUCACUUUAGAAGAGCAUAAAUUAGAAACUCAAGCUCUGAAAGAGCAACAUGAGAGAGAAGUUUCUAAACUGAAUACAACUCUGUUAUCUAAUGCUGAAAAAGAAAACAUGGCAUUAGUCUUUGAAAUGCAGGAACUAAAGGAACAGCUUGAAAAGCUAACUCAGGAGAAAGAAGAAGCAGUGUCCAAUUACCACAGCCUGAGAGAAACACUGGAAACUCUACAAACUGAGCUAGGGGAAUCUGCUGGAAAGAUCAGCCAGGAGUUUGAAUCAAUGAGACAACAGCAAGCUUCUGAUGUUAGUGAGCUGCAACAAAAACUCAGGGCUGCUUUCAAUGAAAAGGACAUUCUCCUUGAAACAGUAAAUCGCCUCAAGGAAGAAACAGAAAAAUUGUCAUCUAAUCAGCUUGAGGUAGAAGAACUUAAACAAAAAAUUGUUAGUCUUCAGGAGGAGAAUGAAACAAUAACAAGCUGUGUCCGCCAAAAAGAGACUACCAUAAAAGAUUUGGAAGAAAAGAUCAUUGUUCUUACCAAUAAAAAUCAGGAUAUUUUAAAUGAAGUAAAAUGCUCAGGUAAAGAGAGAGAGACUCUUCAGGAAGAAUGCAAGCAAGAACAAGAAAAAGUUCAGGAACUUCAGCAAGAAGUAGAAGUUGUUAACCAGUACAAUAAUGACCUGGAAAAAAAGGUAAAUGAAUUAACAGAGAGACUGAAUGAAGCUUUAAACAGGAAGAGUGAAAAUGCACAAAUGCUAGAGCAAUUGGAAAACCAGAUUGAAUCUCUGGUGCGUGAUAGAGAGAACCUUUCAUCUGAAGCAGAUAUUCUUCGUGAGGAAAAUAAUAAGAUCAUUCGGGAAAAAGAUAAAUUAAGUGAAGAGCUAGAAAAAAUUGCAUCUCAAAAAGAAGCUUGGUCAGUAUUGCAAGAGCAGUCUGAAAAUUUAGAAAAGAAAUUACAAAUGAUAACUGCAGAAAAAGACCAUUUGUCAACAUUACUUGAAAGUGAGCAAGCGCACAGAGCCCUUGUCAGAACUCAACUAUACUGCUUAAUUGAGCAAGUGGGGUCCAGAGUUUCAGGUUCUGAGGAGGAACAUGAUUCUCUUAGCUUACUACAGACUGCAAAUGAAUGCUUGGCAAAAAUGAAAGAACAACAAUGUGUUACUCUACAGAAUGAAGAGAAAGCUUUUCAUCUGCAGCAAGAAGUUGAGAGACUAGAGCAAGAGGUCAUAGCUCAAUAUACAGAACGUAGAUCUCUGCUUGAGGACUUUGGAAAAGAAAAGGCUCUUCUAAGAGAAGAAUUGGAAGGAGCAUUGGCAGAAAAAGAAGCACUUCAAGUUGAUAUCCAGGAGCUGAAGAACGCCAGUGAAAAAACAAGGAUUGAAAACCAAGAUCUUUUGGCUCAUAUUGAAGAGAUUUCUCAAAAACUUGCUUUUUAUGAGAGUCAAAUACAAGAACAGCAAAAAAGCUCUGCUACAGAAAAACAAGAAGACCUAAAUUUCAUUCUGGAACAAAAGGAAACUGAACUUAGAAAUGUGAAAGACGAACUGAGUUCUCUAAAGGAUAUAAUGGAGACAUUGACUGGGAAAAAUGAUCAACCAUCUUCAGUAGCAGAACUUCAGGAAAAAAUUGGAAAUCUGGAAAAAGAAUCUGCAGAAAAAACAGAGAAGCUUAAUAAAAUUAAAGUUGUUGCUGUAAAAGCAAAGAAAGAAUUAGAUACCAGCAGAAAAGAGGUGCAGACUCUGAGAGAAGAAUUGGAGUUGGUUCGAUCAGAAAAAGAUCAGUUAUCCUCUUCGAUGAAAGAUGUCAUUCAAGGAGCUGAAAGCUAUAAGAACCUUUUGAUAGAAUACGAUAAACAAGGAGAACAGCUGGAUUCUGAAAAAGGCAGAGCAAAUAAUCUUGAACGUCAGAUAGAUGACCUCACAAGACAGCUACAGAUGUCAUCCCAGGAGCAUGACCAGUUACAGUCUGCUAAUGAAGACCUCCUAGCUCGUGUUGAAACACUGCAAUCUAAUGCUAAGCUGCUGGAAGCUCAGAUACUGGAGAUGCAGAGAGCCAGAGCAAAAGUUGACAAAGAACUGGAAGCUGAAAAGCUUCUAAAAGAACAGAAAACAAAGGAGCAUAGUGGUGCUGUCAGAGAACUAGAGGAGCUUCAGAUGCAACUUCAGAAGGAAAAGAAGCAUCUCCAGAAAACCAUGCAGGAACUAGAGCUGGCCAGAAAGGAUGCUCAGAAGAGUACACUAAUGGAUAUGGAAAUAGCUGAUUAUGAAAGGCUAGUAAAAGAACUUAAUCAGAAGAUUAUUGAUAAAGACAGUAAAAUAGAAGAUCUUGAGCAAGAAAAGGAGAUUCAGAAACAGAAACAAGAAACCCUACAGGAAGAGAUAAAGUCACUUCAGUCAUCUAUGCAACAGGAUGAGGAAAGAAAUGCCAAGAUAAAACAACUACUUGUGAAAACCAAAAAAGAACUGGCUGAUUCAAAACAAGCUGAAAAUGACCACCUAGUGCAGCAGGCAUCAUUAAAAGGGGAGCUAGAAGCCAGUCAACAACAAGUGGACACCUAUAAGAUUCAAGUGGCUAUGCUUGCAUCAGAAAAGCAUAAAGUCCAGGAACAUCUGCGAACUUCUUUGGAGCAGCACCAGCGUACAUUGACUUCUUAUCAGUUAAAAAUUGCAGCCUUGCAAGAAGAAUGCAGAACAGCCCAGGUAGAACAAGCAACUGUUACUUCCGAAUUUGAGAGUUACAAAGUCCGUGUUCAUAACGUUCUAAAACAACAAAAGAAUAGAUCUGCUUCUCAGACAGAAACUGAGGGAGCCAAGCAAGAAAGAGAACACUUGGAAAUGAUGAUAGAUCAACUUAAAGUUAAACUACAAGACACACAGCAUAAUUUACAGAUCAGUGCAGCUGAACUCCAAGCAUUGCAGUCUGAGCAUGACACCCUGCUGGAAAGACACAAUAAGAUGCUGCAAGAGACUGUUGCAAAAGAGGCAGAACUCCGGGAAAAGCUCUGCACAAUACAGUCUGAGAACAUGGUCAUGAAAACAGAGCAUGCCCAGACUUUGAGUCAGCUGACAGCUCAGAAUGAAGCUCUCCGGAACAAUUUCAGAGAUCAAGUCAGGAACCUGCAAGAAGAGCACAGGAAAACAGUAGAGACGCUUCAGCAACAGCUGUCCAGGGUAGAAGCCCAGUUCUUCCAACUCAAGAGUGAACCAAAUGCUAAAGGUCCAGCUGUUUCAAAUCCAACAACAAAGAACUUAAGAGAACGGCGAAACACUGACCUUCCUCUUCUUGAUAUGCAUGCUGUAGCUAGGGAAGAGGGAGAAGGCAUGGAAACAACUGACACAGAGUCUGUCUCUUCUGCCAGCACCUAUGUACCAUCCUUGGAACAACUUUUGAACUCCCCCGAAGCAAAACAUGAGCCACCUCAGUGGCAAACAGAGCUGACCAAGGAUGAACUGAUUCAGAAGCUAAACACAACAGCGAAGAGUGCUGAUCACUUGAAUAUAUUACUUCGUGAAUCAGAAGCAACCAAUGCAAUCUUAAUGGAACAAAUCAAGCUUCUUAAGAGUGAAAUAAGAAGAUUGGAAAGAAAUCAAGAGAGAGAGAAGUCUGUGGCUAACCUAGAAUACUUGAAGAAUGUUCUAUUGCAAUUUAUAUUUCUAAAAUCAGGAAGUGAGAGAGAGAGGCUUCUUCCAGUAAUAGAUACCAUGCUGCAGCUCAGCCCAGAAGAGAAAGGAAAGCUAGUUGCAAUUGCCCAAGGUGACGAAGAAAAUACCUCACGGUCCUCUGGGUGGGCUUCGUACCUCCACAGCUGGUCAGGACUUCGAUGAGACAGUAGAAAUACCCAUUUUUUAAAUAUAUUCCACAGCUGCACAAACAGAAAUCUUAAUGUAGAGGAGUAACUCAUAAGAAUUGUAGCAUUGACCAAUAUAUUUUUGUUUCCCUGUGUUAUUUUGAGCUUUGUAGACUAGUCUAAGAAGCCCUCAGUUCUGAAAGACUGUCCUGUUUUAUGUCCUGACAGCAAUGAUCUACUUAGUUCUCUUGUAAGCAUUUUAAAAAAAAAGAAAAAAAGAUGAUGAUCAGAAGCAUAUGAGAAGUGACAAAUUGAUUGUAAGUUAUUUGGAAACAGAGUUUGACAAAUCUGUGACGGGUCUUGUGAUACUGGUUUAAAACAUAAUGUAGUAACUGGAAUAACUAGACUUUUAGACUUAAAGCAUUUUGAAGUGUUCACAGUUUUUCACAUAUUUGCUUUCAGCUUACUACUCCGUAUGGUUCAUGCUAUUUUCUGCAUGUUGAAGAAGCUAAAAAUCAAGGUAAUUCCUCUCUGUAGUGACACUUAAAUUCUUGAAAGAUCGUUUCCAAGCAGAAAUGAUAUUUUCUGUUUUGAGCUGACUAAAAGCUUAGUCUUGGUUAUGCUUUUGUGCUAAAGGUUAAUUGAAAAUAGGAAGGUGAAGGUCUACAAAAUGUUGUAUUAUAAAAUAUAAUGUUUGACACACCUAAAGUGUGGUACUGUGGUAGAGAUCAACAGCAACUGUGGAAGUCUCAGGAUGUUACUGGGAGAAUCAGAGGUCAUAAGUGAGCUGUAACUUCACAAGAAGGGGCUUAAACUGUGACUUUUAAACCUCAAGCUGAAAGUCACAAAGACUGGGAAGAAGCAUAGCAUCACUCUUUAGUGAUGCCUAUGCUUGAGUGAAAAGACCACUUACACUGACUUAGUCAUACAGAGACAGUAAAGGAAGAAUCUCAGUUUAUAGGCCAGCUUCCUAAGAAUAAUUUCUGAGAGAAAGGAAAAAGCAUUUGCUGGUAGGUACAUGAUUGAAGAAGUCGCAUCCUUCUCUCUCACUUCUCUGUGUUUACACACAUCUUCUUUGCACAGCUUGUUUGCACAGGUGAUUUAGGCUCUGUUCCAGGUUCUUCAGAAGAAGAAGAAAAAAAAAACAUCGCUGCUAUAGAAUAUGAACACAGCACUUCUUUCUUCAAUCUUCUUUUUGUGUUUCUAGCCUAUGCUACCUUUCACUAUCUUAAUUUAUUUGUAUAUUAGUAAAAUAUGUACACCUGCUUGUACAUCCUGCUCAUCUUCCAACUGGAGUCUUUUAAUUUUUUCAUCGCUCUUUAUUUUUCAUCUCCUCUGUGCUGUUUUACAGUGUUAAGUCAUUCCCUGGAAUAUAUACUAAAUUGUGUUCUUUCUUUCCUAGUUGAGGCCCUGAGGAAGUCAUUUUCACUUAAAUAUUACCUUAUUCAGGACUGAGAUUAAUCUGGACAUAAGAGCAGAAAAAAUUAGCCCACUUUGAGAAUAAACUGUUCAGCAACUGUGCUUUUGGCUUCUUCAUUUUUUGGCUUCUUAUGUAUAUUUCAGCACUUAGCUGACAAAGCCAAAGGUCUUUAUUUGGAUUAAUUAUUUUCUGCACAGUUUUAAGUACCUUCCCUCCUCUAACUGGAAACAUUUGGUGUGGACUUUCAGAUCACAGAACUGUCAUUUGGGAGAGCAGGGAUGAGUCUCUUGGGCAUCUGCAGGCUGGAAAAAUAGAGCCAACAUGAGGCUACAUUCAGGCUUUCUUUCACUGCUUUUGAAACCAUAACCAUAUCUUCAGCAUUGAUGACUCACUCCAUAUCUCAGAUGUUUAAUUCCAAACUCUAUAAUUUGCCUCUGGACUCCAUUAAUGUUAUUUAAAAGUGUGCCAGACCAGAGCUAGAGGAAAAGGGGUUUCAAAUAUGCAUUAAAAAAAUAAGUGCAAGUCAUUGCUGCUGCAGUUUUAACAAUGGAAGCACAUGAGUGAAAUGGUAUGACUUUUUUUAAUCAAAUUCAGUUUGUUGCUGACCUGAUUUAGUCUUUUCUGCAUGUCUGCUCAACUUUCAACAGCUGUGACAACUUCUCUUAAAAUGCACAUAUUUCAGAACUGUAGAUUAUUUAACAUUGUAAACUGUGAAUAAAUAUAUAUAAGUAUCAUAUAUCCCUGGCUGUAUUUAAUACCAGUUGCUCAUUGACUUUUCUUCAGGUCGGAGUUGCAUGCUCACUGAUUUUAGUAGAUCUCAAGUAUUAUACUUCUGAAUGUAAUGGACACCUCUUGCAUUACUAUAUUUGUUUUUUACUUCGGAAGUUUAAGGUCUUGAAAGAUUAAUGUAAAAAUAUUUUAGUAACUAUAGAAUACAAUUUAGUAGCAGUUCAGGUUGCCAGAACUUGCCUUUGUGGCAACUGUCUGAAGAAAGCAAAUAUAUCAAAAUCUAAAAUGCACUUGCAGUAAAUGGCAUAGAAUGUUGACUGGAAGCAGGAUUAUUUUGCAUAGUAAACAUUUUAUAUUUCAUAUAUUUGCAUUUGUAAUAUAUAGCACUCUAGCUGUGAUUUACUGUCAAAAAGUAAUCUAAAAUUAUAACUCGUACUGUUGUUCCUUGGCAUAUUGUGGUGCUCUUUCUUGGAAGAGCAAUGUGGCUUUGCUUUCUGUUUUUAUGAUUGUUUUUUACAGUGCCGUAGUUGUUAGGAUGUUUCCCAGAAAAUGUAGCCCAUGCCCAAAGAGUUUAUAAGCUUAGGACCAAAUCUUACUCUUCUAUCAGCCUACCUUCAGCCCAACCUUAAGGAGAUCACAGACAUUCUAAAAACAAACAAACAAACAAAUCCUCUAGCUAUUGUCGUUAUGUAGAGUAUAUGUAGAAAGCAGGUAAAUAACCAAAAAUGGGAGGGCUUCUGAGUUCCCAGGCCUGGGUGUGCACUGUGGCGGCCCUCUGUAUACUGGCUGCUUACGUGUACUGGAUUGGCAGCAGUAUAUGCCUUCUGUGUUCUUGCCUUCCACAGAACGGAUAGCCAUCUGUGCACGCUAAAUAUGCUCCAAAAGAAAAACAGGAAGGCAAGAACUUGUAAGGCUGUAGUGUAGAUGUGGUUAGUUGGAUUUGGGGUUCAGGGAACGGCCAAAGGGAACCAAUAUUAGAGGUCAUACAUUUGAGUGGCGGGGGGGAGAGGUGCUUCCCCCUCUUCUUUUCUCAAAGCAUAAUUGAGAGGCUAUGUGGUUAGAUUCCAUUCUAAAUUCUGAUCUUCCGUAUCUCCCUCCAUCCUUUUCCUCUGUUUUUUUUUUUUUUUUUUUUUUUUAUCUUGAAAUUGUGGAGAGAUCUUUAGAAACUUGUGUUUAUAAGGAUGUUCUGAGAAGUUCUGAAAGCAGCUUUACUGCCUAUGCUUUGACUUGUGCCUUGAGUUCACCUGGUGCACCAAUACUUUCUUAACUUCACCUAAUAGUUCUACUGUUGCUGGUACUGUGAAAAUGCCUUUCAGAACCUUGCAAAUAGUGGUUACCUCCCACUAACUGAGACAUCAAAUGUAUAAAGAGGUAAAAAUAAGUAUUUGUUGCAGUAAUUUCAGAAUUAUUAGUCUGACUGUAUAAAAAGUGGUUUGGUUGGAAACAUGACUCAAAGCAGUGAUAUCCUUUCCAUGUGGCAUCACUUCAAUAAAAUUCAUCUUUACUCA